AGCAGCCUUCUCCCCCACAGAGGCUGGGAUAGGAUGAGGGGGGAGGAGUUGGGGACUGAGGGAUCAGAAGCCCUAGGAUGCCCUGUAUCUGAAGAAAGAUUUGGCCAGGGGCAGCUGUGCUGGCUUAUGCUCUCCUCCUUCUGCUGCUGCCAUCCUCCAGCAAGAUGCUAGGGUCUUUGGGGCUUUGGGCAUUACUUCCCACAGCUGUGGAAGCACCCCCAAACAGGCGAACCUGUGUGUUCUUUGAGGCCCCUGGAGUGCGGGGAAGCACAAAGACACUGGGAGAGCUGCUAGAUAUAGGCGCAGAGCUCCCCAGAGCUAUCCGCUGCCUCUACAGCCGCUGCUGCUUUGGGAUCUGGAACCUGACCCAAGACCGGGCACAGGUGGAAAUGCAAGGAUGCCGAGACAGUGAUGAGCCAGGCUGUGAGUCCCUCCACUGUGACCCAAGUCCCCGAGCCCACCCCAGCCCUGGCUCCACUCUCUUCACCUGCUCCUGUGGCACUGACUUCUGCAAUGCCAAUUACAGCCAUCUGCCUCCUCCAGGGAGCCCUGGGACUCCUGGCUCCCAGGGUCCCCAGGCUGCCCAAGGUGAGUCCAUCUGGAUGGCACUGGUGCUGCUGGGGCUGUUCCUCCUCCUCCUGCUGCUGCUGGGCAGCAUCAUCUUGGCCCUGCUACAGCGAAAGAACUACAGAGUGCGAGGUGAACCAGUGCCAGAGCCAAGGCCAGACUCAGGCAGGGACUGGAGUGUGGAGCUGCAGGAGCUGCCUGAGCUGUGUUUCUCCCAGGUAAUCCGGGAAGGAGGUCAUGCAGUGGUUUGGGCCGGGCAGCUGCAAGGAAAACUGGUUGCCAUCAAGGCCUUCCCACCGAGGUCUGUGGCUCAGUUCCAAGCUGAGAGAGCAUUGUACGAACUUCCAGGCCUACAGCACGACCACAUUGUCCGAUUUAUCACUGCCAGCCGGGGGGGCCCUGGCCCCCUGCUCUCUGGGCCCCUGCUGGUACUGGAACUGCAUCCCAAGGGCUCCCUGUGCCACUACUUGACCCAGUACACCAGUGACUGGGGAAGUUCCCUGCGGAUGGCACUGUCCCUGGCCCAGGGCCUGGCAUUUCUCCAUGAGGAGCGCUGGCAGAAUGGCCAAUAUAAACCAGGUAUUGCCCACCGAGAUCUGAGCAGCCAGAAUGUGCUCAUUCGGGAAGAUGGAUCGUGUGCCAUUGGAGACCUGGGCCUUGCCUUGGUGCUCCCUGGCCUCACUCAGCCCCCUGCCUGGACCCCUACUCAACCACAAGGCCCAGCUGCCAUCAUGGAAGCUGGCACCCAGAGGUACAUGGCACCAGAGCUCUUGGACAAGACUCUGGACCUACAGGAUUGGGGCAUGGCCCUCCGACGAGCUGAUAUUUACUCUUUGGCUCUGCUCCUGUGGGAGAUACUGAGCCGCUGCCCAGAUUUGAGGCCUGACAGCAGUCCACCACCCUUCCAACUGGCCUAUGAGGCAGAACUGGGCAAUACCCCUACCUCUGAUGAGCUAUGGGCCUUGGCAGUGCAGGAGAGGAGGCGUCCCUACAUCCCAUCCACCUGGCGCUGCUUUGCCACAGACCCUGAUGGGCUGAGGGAGCUCCUAGAAGACUGUUGGGAUGCAGACCCAGAAGCACGGCUGACAGCUGAGUGUGUACAGCAGCGCCUGGCUGCCUUGGCCCAUCCUCAAGAGAGCCACCCCUUUCCAGAGAGCUGUCCACAUGGCUGCCCACCUCUCUGCCCAGAAGACUGUACUUCAAUUCCUGCCCCUACCAUCCUCCCCUGUAGGCCUCAGCGGAGUGCCUGCCACUUCAGCGUUCAGCAAGGCCCUUGUUCCAGGAAUCCUCAACCUGCCUGUACCCUUUCUCCUGUGUAAAUAUGCAGUUUAUGUGUCAUCAAUGUACAUGCCAACAUAAAUAUGGUGAUUGUAUA